GAUAAACACCCAAAUCGAGGUGGGAGAUUUUAGCUAGUGCAGAGUUUACAGCCUUCAUGCACCGAUAAUACACCGAGAAACCGACAACAGAGCGCUACUGAGUCCUUCAUACGACGAGGGCCGACAUGUCUGAGACAUACGACUUCCUGUUCAAGUUCCUGGUGAUUGGCAGUGCCGGGGCAGGGAAAUCCUGCCUCCUUCACCAGUUCAUUGAGAACAAGUUCAAGCAGGAUUCCAAUCACACCAUAGGGGUUGAAUUUGGUUCCAGAGUCGUCAAUGUCGGAGGUAAAACUGUGAAACUUCAAAUUUGGGACACUGCUGGACAGGAGCGAUUCCGUUCUGUAACACGCAGCUACUACCGAGGAGCGGCUGGGGCACUGCUUGUCUACGACAUCACCAGCCGAGAGACGUAUAAUGCCUUGACCAACUGGCUGACUGAUGCACGGACGCUGGCAAGCCCCAACAUCGUCAUCAUCCUGUGUGGCAACAAGAAGGACCUGGAUGCAGACAGAGAGGUGACGUUCCUGGAAGCCUCGCGCUUUGCUCAGGAGAAUGAGCUUAUGUUCCUGGAGACCAGCGCUCUGACAGGAGAGAACGUAGAGGAGGGAUUCUUAAAGUGUGCCCGCACCAUCCUCAAUAAGAUAGAAUCAGGUGAGUUGGAUCCGGAGAGAAUGGGUUCAGGGAUCCAGUAUGGAGAUGCUUCAUUGAGGCAGCUGCGACAGCCCCGAGGCACUACCACACAGAAUAAGCAGCAGUGUAACUGCUAGGGCAUGGGGCUCGAGCCCAACCUCAACACCCCAGAGCCCAUGCACAGACAGGACAUCCCCUACAGCUCCAGAUGUUUUCAGAUGUGUCAGACUCCAACUGUGAUCAGUCUCACACACCUCAGAUCACCUGGAUAGGUCAUGGAGAUCACUGCAACCCCUGACCCCUGACCUCUGGUAAGAGUCUCUGCCUCCUACCAAAGGUGGUCACCUCUGACCCGGUCUCACAGGAAGAGCAGCCCCUCAGUGUGAAUGUGCUUGAAUGGGGCAAAGAAAACCUUCAAAGGAAAAUUGUUACUUCUUACCAGAAAGGGAACUGUCAAGGGUUCAUUUGUUGGGGCUGCCCUGUGUUUUUUUUUUCUGGUUUGAAUAAUAUGUGCUUCUAGAUGCUUUCAAACAUACACACAUCAUCGUACCGUCUGUGACUGAAUAUCUUUUUUUUUUGCAGUUAUUUAUGAUUCAGUCUUGCUUGAUAAGUUGCUUGAUAUGAUUUCGUUGGUCAGCUCUUUUUUUAAAGGUCCACCCCUGUAUUCUGCAUUUUAUUGACCUGUAUUUGAGGCCUUUUUGCACUGGACAAUAUACUCCUUGUAAAUUCAAAUGGUUUUCAAAUGAUUGAAUGAUUUUCUUUUUAUUAUCUGGUGAACGGGUUUCCAUUUCAAAAUUUUCCUUUAGCAAAAUCUUCUACAGCUGAAUUAUAGCUCAUGUCAGGAUUUUGUUUCAGACCAACUGUAGAUACAUUCACAACAAUGUACAAAUCAUUGUUAAAAUAAUUGUCUGAUUAUUUCCCUAGAUCUGAUGCAUAUUGGAGUAGCUAAUUGAAAAUUAAUUGCAGCUGGGAACUUUUCUAUCAUAUUAGUCCAAACAUAGUGCACCAGGCUUCCUGCUUAGUCUUCGGUAUUUGCUCGCCUGUUGCAUUCUUUAUUUAUUGGUUUGUGUUGAAAUGCACUAUUCUAAUGAUGUAAAGUAUUGCCCUCAGUAAACUUGACAUUGUGGAUGUAUUUUAUUCCCAGUCGCCAUGCCUCCAAAGGGAAUCGGUUAAAUCACUCCACUCCCACAGAGGCCAGCCCAUGGGUUUUUUUGAAAGCACAAAGAUGGGAGAAAUUGUGUUCUUAAUUUUACUCCAAAGGCCACAAGGUCAACGUUUUCUCUGCCAUCUGAUUUCCAGCGCUUGCUUCCCUGACCCUAUCACAGCAACGAGUUAAAGAGAGGGUUAUCUGUUUUUGCAAAGCUAACCACAUCUUGGCUCUCUUGCUCUGCUUAUUCUCCUCCUUUUGCCACCCUGUUAUGAUUUUAAUGCUGCUCUGUAUACAUGUACAAGGCAAGUUACAGGAAACCACACUUGGUUUCGCAGUUGGUUUUUCAAUGCUGUGCAUCAGAAACAUUCAUACCAACCAUCCUAUUUAGUGAUAAGAGCACAUCGCUGUUAAACAAGAGGUUUCAAGUCUACUUUGACGAAAUGUCCUGUUUGCAGACUUCCCUAUUUGGUGUCACUUCUCCCCGUAAAAGCACAGAAGCAGUAGUCUUCUCUUUCUGUGUGGUACAGUUGAGUUGACAGACCGUGAACCAGCUGUUCUCUCUUUGGAGCAGACCUUGUGUUGCUCAAGAGAGUUUCCACUGCAUUACAUUUCCUCUUCGCUUAUAGCACCUACAGACGUUUAGUGGUGAUUGGUAGUGAAUGGGGUUGUGGGUUCAGAACAUCCCGAGCGCCCACCUUUAGUUUCAGCCACAGGUACUGCUGCCAUCAAAAACACUGAGAUUAGGUCACGCCAACCCAGCUUUAAAGAGACGAAAACAGCUUGGCUAGGUAAUGUCUUUUUCUCCUAAGUGUGCUCUGCUCUUAUAAACAUUCAGGAGUGUCCCCCUAGGCCAGCACUAUGCUUUCAAACUCGAGUAGUGUAGCACACGUACGAGAGCAAGAUAAUAAAUUGUAAUGUAAAACCAGAAGAUGGUGUGGGACAUCAAGAGACAGACUUGUCAAACUUUUUUUUUUUUUGGAAAUGUUUUUUGUUUCCUUCUGCAAGUGCACUUUUUUUCUUGUGAAUUAUCAUUUUGGUCUUGUUUAUAUGCUGUAACUAUAGAACUGUACAUUUUGUUUUAAUUGAAAUGCAGACUGCAAUAAAGAUUUUAAUUAUAGAUGUUAUCAUUUCUUACUAAGGAACAACUGAGUUUUCAUCUUCUCUUCUCUGCGGUGUUUCUGUCAAGACUGUUGUGUGGGUGACAAGUCCUUCUGGCAUCUGAAGGCUUGUUUGUCUUUGCCUAGUGCUGUGCAGGUGACGUUGGCUUCCUGAGCUUUAGCAGCCCAUUGACAUCAACUCAUGAUCAGAAUCACUGUUGCACUCGCUCUGCAGCCGUUCAUCCAAAGUCUUGAGAACUAUAUAUAAAAAGAGCCACUUGUGUAUGUUAACAGUGUUUUUAUUUUGUGUGGGGGAAAAUUAAUCAAUAGCCCAAAUGACCGACCAGCUCUCAAGAGCCUUGCUUAACUUCUUCCAGCCUGCUGUUGCACUCUGGCUGAAAUUAUCAAAUGAUGUCGUCUGCAGUCUGACUCAGUUGUUGUUUAGUAACUCAUGACAUUGACUCAUCUUAAAAAAAAACUACUGUACAUCUUGAGUAAUCUAUGCUGUAAAUAAGAUUUAUCUAUUGUCUUAUUGAGGGUGCGUAUUGCUCAUUGAUUGUAAUGAAUAUGGAAUUCUGAGUAAACUGCUUGUUUUUUUAGUUUUUUUUUUUUAAGUUAAUGCGUUUCAGGUGUCUCCUGGAUGUUUUUCAUUCCUCUUCCAAAUCUCUGACAUCAAGACUAGGUUUCUUUUCAAGCGCUCAAAGGAGUUACAUCAGAUUCUGUGUUGGUUGAUGUCCCUCCCUCUCUGCUGUGCACAUAUCACGACACGCAACUGUGAGAAAUUGAUCUUUACACCAACUGGCUAUCUAGUUAUCUAAAUAGUUCACUUUCCUCAUCAUUCUUCUUCAGUCAAUCUUAACUGUGUUUCUCCCUUCAAAGGCAGAGUAAGGGUGGGGUUGGCCUAUCAGAGAAUUGAAUUAAUGAAGAUCAGAGGCCCUGUGUGUCUAAUUGUCUGGAUUUAUGUCCCUGGGUCAAUGGAGUAACGGCUAGAGUGGGUUAAUGUAGGAGAAGUGGAUACAUUGACUGAUUUAUUGAUCUU